AUGGAAGAGGGUGAUAGCUCAUUAUCUCGAUCUCGAGCCUUUUAUGCUCCUCUCCUUCGAGCUGCCCUACAAGAUGACUGGAAAGCUGCAGAAGCUUUUAUACAAAAAAACCCAGACUGCCUUGGAGCCCCCAUAACAAAAUGGAAAGGGACAGCUCUUCACAAUGCUGCAUCUGUAAAACGCACCCGUUUUGUAAAAGAACUCGUGAAACGGAUGACACCGGAACAAUUAGAAUUGAAAAACAAAGGAAACGACACAGCCCUUUUUUAUGCCGCUAGAUCUGAAAUCGUAACAAUUGCAGAGGUGAUGGUGAAAAAGAACAACAAUCUGCCAAUGAUCUCCAAGGAUCGCAUCCAUUCUUUACCACUUUACGUGGCAAUAAAGACUGGAAAUAGAGACAUGGUGUCGUAUUUAUACUCUGUGACUCGUAUUGAAGACUUGACUUCCAAGGAUCGCAUUGAGCUCCUUAAGGCUACGAUUUCCACCGACUUGUAUGAUACGGCACAUAAAAUUCUGGAUACUGAUCUAAAGUUAGCACCUCAUGGAAAUAAGGAUCUUCUUUGGGAACCAUUGGAAAUGUUGGCCAGAAAACCUUCAGAAAUUGGCAGCAAAAGUCAGCCAUCAGUAUGGGAAAGAUGGUUAAACUCCAGUUUCAGAGGUCGGUUCUGCAACAAAGCUUUGAUGCGAGCAUCAGCCCAUAAAUUGGUUGACCGACUUUGGAAACAACUCGGAGACGACACAUAUUUCUCGUCAACUGAGGUUGAUGACGAGCAUAUGAUGAAACUACUUGUUGAAGCUACAAAAGUAGGGAACCUUGAAUUUCUAAUUAUACUUAUACACUCAUAUCCCGAUCUCGCAUGGCGAUCUUCCGCGGAAUAUGGAAGUUUAUUUCACGUUGCUAUUAAACAUCGACAAGAGCGUGUUUUUAAUUUAAUAUAUGAGUUAGGUGUUGCGGGGAGCAACCUUGCGAACAUCUGUGCAAAAGAGAAUCAAAACAUGUUGCACUUAGCUGGACAAUUGCCUUCUUCAGAUCGACUGAAUAUCGUCUCAGGAGCUGCCCUUCAAAUGCAACGAGAGUUGUUGUGGUUUCAAGAGAUAGAAAAGAUCAUGCCGAAGUCAUAUGUGAACAAGCCGAACUCUUCCAAAACACGAGAAACACCUAGGGAAUUAUUUGCGAGGACCCAUGAAGAACUACAGAAGAAUGGUGAAAAGUGGAUGAAGGACACGGCAAACUCUUGCAUGCUUGUGGCAGCACUGAUUGCCACUGUGGUUUUUCCUGCUGCUUUCACAGUACCGGGUGGAAACAAUCAAGAAACAGGCAUUCCUAUCUUUCUGGAAAGCAACUGGUUUACGUUAUUUCUCGUAUCAGAUACGGUAGCCAUGUUAUUCUCUUCGUCUUCAAUACUAGUUUUCUUGACAAUUCUCAUGUCACGCUACACUGAAAAUGAUUUCCUGACAUCAUUACCUCGUAAGUUGGCGUUGGGACUCGCUACGCUUUUAAUCUCAAUAGUAGGCAUGUUGAUAGCCUUCUCUGCAGCCUGUCUUUUGAUCUUUAAAUACAAAACAAGUGUUCCGAUCCGUAUAAUUGUAGCGGCACCUGCUAUCCCAAUUAGUUUGUUUGUUAUCCUACAAUAUGGCCUUUGGUUUGAUAUAUUCCGCUCAGCAUUCUACUCUAACAGACAGAAUCAGUUUCUGUUUGAGCAUAAACUUUUGGAUGUUAAAGCCGCUGUUUGCCACUCUUUGGCUGUGCAUUAUGAGUUUAAGCAUGUGCAUUAUGAGUUUAAGCAUGUGCAAGGUUUUGAUGUGGGUUGUACAGCUGUUAAAAGAGUGGUUUGUUGGGCUCCUCCUCCAAUGGGGUUUUUGAAGAUGAAUGUUGAUGGAGCUACUUUCUUUGAUCAACAGUUUCUUUGA